AUGACGAAGUCCAUUUCCUACAUCAUCGACCCUGAUGGCGAUUUCGAGGUUCUCCUCAAACAGCCAAACUCUCAUAAGCUCGUUCCCUAUGUUCCCUCCGACGAAUCUGAGGAUCCUAUGAACAAAUCUACAGUCGCUCGUGGCUCACUACAUGAAAAAUACCACGUAUUCGACGAUCUUCUUUCUCCUGCUCAAGAUGAAAAAGAAGAAGAUCCCGGUCUCCCUGGUACAAAGCUCUGUCACUGGUUAUCCAAGGCCCUAAGCACCACCGAAACUCCAAGCACUUCUGAGGCUGGAACGCCCCCUGAGGAUGAAGUUCAUAUGAGAGUUUCUUCACGACAUCUCAAUCUGGCCUCUCGUGUUUUUCGUACCCUAAGUCAGGGCCUCUGGGCCGAGGCAUCAUCAACUUCCCUCCAUUUCGGAAACCCUCUCCGUCAAAUCACAGCCGUGGAUUGGGAUGCAGUGGCCCUCGCUAUCGUUCUUGAUAUCAUCCACGGCCGGCAUGGGAAUGUGCCUCGCGUCGUUGAUCUCAGGCUCAUGACUCAUAUCGCUACCAUAGUCGAUUUCUAUGAAUGCCAUGAGGUCGUCAAGAUCUUUUCCGAAACAUGGUAUAAGAACAUGUCUACCGAGUUUGAGGAUGAGUACUCUCAUGAGACUCUCCUGUGGCUAUCUGUCUCUUGGGUCCUCCCCAAUCAAGAAGUUUUUGACAGAGCAGCUCAGGCUAUCCUCAAGCACAUGGACGGGCGGCAGCUGAGUGCCGAUAAUCUUCCACUCCAUGAAGUUCUACCCAAGAUUGAAGAAAAACGACUGGAGCUCAUCAACCAGAUCGUGAGAAAGUUUUAUGAUCUUCUCGACACUCUUCCCGACUCAGACUAUUCCUGUGACUGGCACAAGUUCGGUUCUCCGACAUGCGACUCUAUCGCGCUGAGCAUUUUGGUGCGAGAACUGGACCGUCUCGGAUCAAGUGAUCGCCGUCUUGUGGCCCCUUUCAACGGUUACAGCAUCACAAGCCUGAUUCAACUCGUCAACGACAUACCUGAGUCGAUUGCCGCUACAACUGAGGAGUAUGACCACUAUCACGAUGUGUCGGUUUGCAGUGUCCGGGGUAGAAUGAGACAUGUUCUUGGAGAUGUCAAGGCUAAGAUGAGCGUCUGGACUCUUGAUCUGGAUAAGAACGUUCGAGGUGAUUAA